AUGGAUACACAAACAAAUACCAAUAAAACAUUAACUCCCGAAUAUUUGGAGUGGGAAACCAAAUUAGAAUUACCAAGCGUUUUGUCAGAUAAAACUCGUUCUAGGUUCUAUAAUAGAUAUAAGAAAAAAACUGGGCUUGAUCCUUGGAUAAUGUCUGAAACUCCCGAAUCCCCACAAAUCGAAAAGACUGAUAAUUACCUUUCACAGGAUUGUGUUAUCAAAAUUUCUAAGUUUCCAGAAGAGAAAGGUAUAAUUAUUGAAACAGUACAUAAACGUUUUCCUUUCUUGUCUUACACUAAUUCGAAUGCAUGGCACCGGGAUAUUUUUAAAUAUACUAAUUCAGAAGCUAAAUGCCCGAUAUGUAAAAAGAAAGUUAUAAUCGCUAAACAGAGCUUACCAGAAAUUCAAGUAAGUGUACCAAACAAAAUCCAAGAGGUAGAGCCUAAGAAGUUUUUGUCCAUUACAGAGGCUAAGAAAAAAAG